UUUUUUUUUUUAAUUGCGUUUCUAUUCAUUUUCGAAUCUUUCUUUUUUUAUCUAAUCUUGAUCGAUCGAUCGAUUCGAUUCAUUCGUUUCCAUUAGAUUCGAUUGAUUGUUUUGUUUUCCUGAGAAAAUUUGGCUUUGAAAUCUCGCAAAAACGACGUGUUCUGAUUGAGAGCUUUAUGAUGUGAUGAGGCAUUGCAGAAAGAUUAGAUAACUAAUCAGGGAGUAGUGCUUCUCCACCUCUGAUUUUCUGAGAGACCAAGAAGAUUUGUUCAAGAUGAGCUGGAAUCCACAAAUGGAUGCUCAUUACAUGAACACUAGCUAUCCUUAUAGUACAGUCGGAAGUUUUAUGGAUUAUUUUGAAGGUCUUGCUUAUGAACAUGUGAAUUUCAUCUUUGCUACUGCUUCACACGGUCAGGAGAGUCCAUAUGCAUCAUCCAUGAAUACGAGUUUAUACAAAUUUGGGUUAUCUGAAACAGGGAGUACUUCUUAUUAUGAUUAUGAUCAGGCUUAUGUGGUAAAUGAUCACGUUCCGGGAAUUAGUGAAUAUAGAAGAACUCCAGAAAACUCUUCAGCCAUUACCACGGACCAGAUUCCAACAGUAAAUACACAAUGUGAAGGAAAUACAAACACUACUACUACACAUGCUACUCCAGUAGAAUGCCCUCGGAGUCAUCCCAAUUCUCAGGAUUAUCAGGUCAUUUGGCAAGACAACAUUGAUCCUGACAACAUGACUUACGAGGAGUUACUAGAAUUAGGUGAGGCAGUUGGAACUCAAAGUCGAGGCCUUUCUCAAGAACUUAUUUCUUUGCUGCCAAUUUCUAAGUACAAGUGUGGAUUCUUCACAAGAAAGAAAUCACGAUGCGAGAGAUGUGUCAUUUGCCAAAUGGAAUAUAAAAGACGUGAUCGGCUGAUCACUCUUCCAUGCAAACAUGUUUACCAUGCUGCCUGCGGCACCAGAUGGCUUAGCAUCAACAAGGCUUGCCCCAUUUGUUACACUGAGGUGAUUGGUGAAGUACCAAAAAUUGACAAAUAACACGGGUGAGCAUAUAGAAGAGAAGCUUCAUUUUUUCUUUCUUCCUUUGAGAGUUUGGGUUUCUUUCUUACACGGAGAUAUGUUUCUUUCAUUUUUCCACUUUUUUUCUUUUAGUAUAACCGUCAUAUUAGCUUUUAUAAUAAAUGAAGAUUGUAAACUUUGUAUGGGAUGGCUCCUAGUUUGUAUCGUGGGUUUAUAUGGGGGUUUCUAGUGAGCUUUGAAUGUGCUUAUGCUAUAGAAGCUUAUUGUCAUGGAAGUAUUAUAAAGAAAGAUCUAUAUUGGUGAUUAGAAUGA